AUGGAUGUUGUAGACGCGUCACCAGUAGAACCUCCUCCUUCGCGGCCAGAAUCCAUUCCGGCAGCUGCAUUACCGGAAACUUCUGUCCUUGUUUCUGAACACGUGGAGGCGAUUCUGCCCCCGCCGCCCGCCCCGAAGGAAAAGCCUACUCUGCCGAAGCAGCAGCGUAAGCGAAAGAGUAAGGGGAAGAAAUCGAGGGAUAGUUCGCCAACCCCUCUCUCAGGGACCGGCAGUGACUCUGAGGCAUUGUCGUCGUGCUCAGGGGGUGGGACGAAAGACACGACAGACACGAGGGAGACGCGCAUACAGGAGCAGACCCAGCAUUUGCGUCAGCUACUGGGGAGUCAGGGCGAUAAGGCUGAGCCGCCUGUUAAACGUGAAAGCGAUCAGGCCGGCGAUCAGUCACUGAGACGGCAGCGCACGCGUUCGGGGGCGGCUGCAGCCUCCCCCGCCCGUGCGGAACCGAUGGAAGCAGAAGCUCCGCAGGCUGUCGACAGGGACCGUAUGGAGGAGGAUGAGGCUUGGUGGAAGUCGCCGGAGGACGCCCCACUGUCGGGGGUGGUUCCGGACCUCCCAGCCGCACCUACAGUGGUGAAGCAGUUGGAUAACUGGCUGAAUGCAGCGGAUUUGACACAUGGACCUGCUCGAGCAAUAAUAGCACCUCACGCCGGAUAUCAAUACAGUGGGGCCUGUAGCGGUUUUGCGUCCCGGCAAGUCAGUGCCGUCGUAGUGAGACGGAUUUUUAUAUUGGGACCAUCCCAUCAUGUGCGUCUCGGUGGAUGUGCACUUUCUACUGCGACCAAGUACUGUACGCUCUUAUACGACUUGCGAGUUGAUGUGAAAGUAAAUGCUGAUCUUGACGCUACAGGACAUUUUGAGUGGAUGGGCAUGUCUGUAGACGAAGACGAACACAGUAUAGAAAUGCAUCUUCCUUACGUUGCCAAAGUAAUGGAGGAUUAUAAAGAUUCUUUUACAAUUGUGCCAGUAUUAGUUGGCUCACUGACGCCUGACAAACAGUCUGUCUACGGCAGUAUUUUCUCGCAGUAUUUAGCAGAUCCACAAAACUUGAUAUCGUCUGAUUUCUGCCAUUGGGGACAUCGCUUCAGAUACACGUACUACGAUCGCAGCUGUGGUGACAUAUUUCAAGCAAUAACAUAUUUAGACAAAAUGGGAAUGGACAUUGAGUCCCUAGAUCCACAAGCCUUUACUGCAUAUUUGAAGAAAUAUGGAAACAUUAUAUGUGGACGUCAUCCCAUAGGCGUUUUAUUGCAAGCUGUGAACAGUUUGCAGAAAUCUGGUAGUAAUGGUCAUAGGAUGUGCCUUAAGUUCUUGAAAUGUGCACAGUCCAGCCAGUGUAACAAUAUGAGUGAUUGGUCUGUAAGCUACGCAGCUGGAGCCCUCACGAUUGAAUAACAAUCAGUUUUCUUUUAUCUCAAGCCACUAGUGAUUGACUGUUAUGAAGGAACUGCGAGAAAUAAGUUGAAUAAUGCUUUUAAAUCUUUACAAAAUUUAACAGGAGCAAAUGGAAGAAUGUGGACC